UCUCUCUCUCUCUCUCUACACGCACCACCUCGCGUUUUCUUAAAAGAAACGACAGCUUUGGUCCAUUUUACUGGUCCAUCUUACUGCUGCUGGGUCGUUUAUUUAUACAAUAAUUAAGUAAUUCCUCGGAGGAGCCGCGCGUUCAGGACGCCAGGUGCAGCGAUUUUACGCAAAACGGACCCAAAAUGGCAAAACCACCAUCACAUUUACGGAUUUAUUAUCUCUUUUUAUUGUAUUUGAUUUCAGACCAAGUGUUUGGCUCUAAUAUGUGCACCUCUCGGGGAGCUAGCACGUGUCAGCAGUGUUUGGCAGUGCACCAUUCCUGUGCCUGGUGCUUCCAAGAGGAUUUUGGGUUAAAUAGCCCAGGAGCAUCACGCUGUGACUUAAAGGAGAACCUGAUAGAAGCUGGAUGCGCAGCAGAAGAAAUGGAGUAUCCCAUCAGCCAGAUGACUGUUACUGAGGACAAACCUCUUAGUGACAAGGCCUCAGGGUCAACCACUGAUGUCACGCAGAUCCAACCACAGAAACUGCACAUCACGUUAAGACCUGAUGACUCACGGACAUUCACACUGCAGGUGAGACAGGUUGCAGAUUACCCUGUGGAUCUCUACUACCUAAUGGACUUGUCCUACUCCAUGAAUGAUGACUUGACUCAGCUGAGGAAGCUGGGAAAUGGACUGGCAGAAGAGAUGAGCAAAACCACCAGUAACCUACGAAUGGGAUUCGGUGCUUUCGUGGACAAACCCGUAUCACCGUAUAUGUACAUCUCCCCACCAGAAGCUGUGAAGAACCCAUGUUACUCGAUCCCACACAAAUGCCAGCCGCAGUUUGGCUACAGACAUGUCCUCUCUCUGACGGAUGAAGUGAGCCGUUUCACAGAGGAAGUAAAGAAGCAGAAGGUAUCUCGUAACAGAGACGCCCCUGAAGGAGGCUUUGAUGCUAUCAUCCAGGCAGUUGUAUGCAAGGAGAAGAUCGGCUGGCGUCCGGGUGCUUCUCACCUGCUCGUGUUUACAACGGAUGCCAAGACUCACGUAGCGCUGGAUGGACGCUUGGCUGGCAUCGUGCAGCCUAACGACGGACAGUGUCACAUCGGCACGGAUAACUUAUACAACAUGUCCACUACGAUGGACUACCCAUCUCUGGCACUGAUCACAGAGAAAAUGUCAGAGAACAACAUCAAUCUAAUAUUUGCUGUGACCAGACCUGUACUGCCACUUUACAAGAAUUACAGUGAUCUGAUCCCCGGGACCGUAGUUGGGACUCUGUCUCAGGACUCACGUAACGUGAUCCAGUUGAUCCAAGAUGCCUAUGCUAAACUUCGAUCGAAGGUUGAGCUUGAGCUCCUGAACGUGCCGGAAGAAUUGAGCUUGUCUUUCAAUGCGACGUGUUUAAACGACGAGUUCAUCCCUGGACUCAAGUCUUGCUCUGGGCUCAAGAGAGGAGACCAGGUAUCUUUCAGUGUUGAGGUACGUGCCAGGGGCUGCCCAAAAGAGAAGACCAAAACUUUCACUAUCAAACCCGUAGGCUUCAAAGAUACACUCCAGAUCACCGUUGACUUCGAGUGUGAAUGUAAGUGCCAGGCACAUGGGGAGCCCGACAGCCCUCUGUGUCACCAAGGCAACGGCACCUACGAGUGCGGCAUGUGCCUGUGCCAUGCAGGACGACUGGGUCCGAGGUGUGAGUGUGCCGAGGGAGAUUACAGCCGAAGUGAGCAGGACAUGUGCACCGGCCCUAACAAAGUGAUCUGCAGCGGGCGCGGGGACUGUGUGUGCGGUCAGUGCGUGUGUCACAACAACGACUUUGGAAAGGUCUGGGGGAAAAAGUGCGACUGUGACGACUUCAGCUGCCUGCGUUAUAAAGGAGAGCUGUGCUCAGGUCAUGGCACAUGCUCGUGUGGUUUCUGCCAGUGUUACCCGGACUGGUCAGGGGAAAACUGUAACUGCUCCACACGCACAGAUACCUGCAUGUCCAGUCUGGGGUUGUUGUGUAGCGGCCGUGGUCAGUGUGUGUGUGGAAGCUGUGAGUGUACUCAGCCUGGGGCUUAUGGCUCCACCUGUGACAAGUGUCCCACCUGCCCGGACGCCUGCACUAUGAAAAAGGAUUGUGUUGAAUGUAAGCAUUUUCAGAGAGGGAGGCUCUUCGAGGACGAAAGCUGUGCCCGAAUUUGCAGAGACGAGAUUAGUCUGGUCGAAGAUCUGGUUUUGCAUGAUAAGAACGCUGUGAACUGUACCUACAAGGACGAGAACGAUUGUGUCCAGAGGUUUCAGUACUAUGAGGACAACAGCGGGAAGUCCAUUCUGUCUGUGGUAAAAGAGCCAGACUGCCCUAAAGGUCAUGACAUCCUGGUCGUCCUCCUCUUUGUUGCUGGAGCUAUACUAAUCCUGGGUCUUGUCUCGUUGCUCAUCUGGAAGCUGCUGGUGACGAUUCACGACCGGCGCGAGUUUGCCAAAUUCGAAGAAGAGCGAGCACGAGCUAAGUGGGAAACGGGCCAUAAUCCUCUCUACAAAGGUGCUACUUCGACGUUCAUGAACAUUACCUACCGAGGAAAGGAAUGAUCAUCACUGGGGCUACUGGAGAUCGUCUUGCUUAUUUUGUUUCCUUUGUUAUUUUCUUCCAGAUGCAGGACUGAUGUUGUCAUUUCUCUUGUACAUUGUACUCAUCCCGGAUGUACAUUUUCUUCUGUGUAAAGAGAUAGCUAAUAAUCAUGACACAUGACAUGUUUCUUCCUUAUUUCGCUUCCUGAUGAGUUGAACGAAAUUAGGGUUUAGUUCUGUGCUGUGUUUUAAGAUGUGAUAUUGUUGACCUGUUUUGUGCUUGUGUGAAGGAUUCCAUCGCUUAAAAUGUCAUGUCACACAAGCAGGAAGAGCUUUUUAAGCUUGUUAAAUGUUAUGUAAAUAAAUAAAGGUUAAAUAUGGAAUAAAAAUGCGUUGAUUAAUGAUGACGGGUUGAUUAUUUGUAAAGUGUUUUUAGACCUCUUAAGCCACAGCCGUGUUUAAAGUAAACCAGAUUAAAUAACGACCGACGUCAUACUUUUUGCUUUACAGCAGCUACAAAUAGCUGAUUUCUCCUUAACCUCAUUUUGUAGCCUCAUUCUGCGAAGUCCUCUGUCUAAAGCCCUAUUCGGACGGGAUUAGUUUUAUGUGGGGACGUGGUGGUAAAGUAAUUAUUACCAGAGCUUCUCAGUGAUUUUAGUCCCAUCCGAAUGUGCCAUCUCGGUAAUCAUUACGGUCAAUGUCAGUAAAGUUUACGGCGACUUUUACCUUCUGUAAAAAGGUCCGGAAAAAUUACCUCAGGUAACACUAAUCCCGUCCGAAUAGACCCGCUGUAAAUAUGUACGGUAAAAUUCCAUCAUUUCCUGUUUAAAAGUAGUUUUUGGCACGUUUUGCAAGCAUGGAGGUGCCAUGUUGUCUGUUUGCGCACGUGAUAACAGGAAGCAACGUCAUACACACAUGACGACAAGGAGGUUACUGUGGUGCGUAAAGCGAGUUACCCCUCCCACUUCUGCUAGUUUUACUGAGAUGUCUUGUCCUGUGCGAAUUGGCCAUUUAAUAUUACAGACCUCCUGAGGUAAAAUUGCAUUACUCCACGUCCCCACGUAAAACUAAUCCCGUCCGAAUAGGGCUUUACAGACCUUUUCUCUUGCUGGAUAAAUUUAGUCACAUCUUUACCUCUGCUUGUUUCAGAGCACUGACACUGGAGACUCCUUCCAUAAAUAAGCAUCUCAAUACCUUUGUUCUUCUUUGUUAAAUAAUAUCAUGUUUUUUUUGUAUUACAUCCAUUUAUUAUUAUGCUUUUAAUGUGGAGAUUAUGUGAAGCAUCCUGCACAGAAGUCCAUGUAAACGAGCUGUUGUCACUUUAGAAACAGUAAAAUAUCAGAAUUAGAGGCGGAACUUCGCAUGUGAAGCUUCAUGGAUUAUUAACUACGAUGUGGUCAUCGGAAAAAAAAAUACCUUACUUCUGUUUACAGAUUUUAUGUUAAAAUAUUGUAUGAAAAUAAAAGUAUGCAGCCUCUGUGUAUGUUUCAGUCCAAAA